UGGAAUAAUCUGAUUGACAAAAUGGAGUAAGUGGGCUCAGCGUAGCAUAAAUACCAUGAAAAUGGCAAACAUGUGCCCCCGGUAAGGUAAGCAUACUCCAAAAAGUCCCCGUAUUUCCUCUUUAAAUAAAGAUAAAGAAUACGUUUUUCUGUGAUGGCAGAAUUCCCUCUCAAUUACCUAAUUGGUUUGUUGUGCAGCACUCGCGAAGGAGACUUUUACAUUCUGCGACGCCGCCAGCCAAGCAGCGCGGCUGCUGCCGUCAAUCCUUCACUCGGGCCUGAAGCAGCUGUCACCCCAAAAGAUCCUGACGGCCGGGCCAGCUGGGUUUAGGGGCUGAAAGAAGAAUGCCUGUGCUGCAACCGAAAUAUCUUCCAUGCAGUUCACAGCGUUUAAUUUUAGACUCCCACACAUGCGGCAGGACAGUCGGAGGCUUCUCAGUUUGCUCUGUACGGAGUCACAGGCUGGACGGAAGUCGUCGUAGCUUUUGACACCAACAGAACAAAGAACAAAGGCUAAAAAUGUCAAACAGCAACGACCUCGAGGAUCUCAACGACGAGGACAUUGACGAGGAUGAACUCCUUGCCGCGCUCUCGCCGGAGGAGCUUCAGGAGCUCCAGAGGGAGAUGGAUGUUAUCAUUGCCCCAGAUGAGAGGGUGCCAGUGGGCCAGAGGCAAAAGGACCAGACGGAGAAGACUCCGACGGGGACGUUCGACCACAGGUCCCUGGUUGGUUACCUCUACUGGGAGAAAGAGUCCAAUCGAAUGCUCGAGGAGGAAAGAGUGCCUGCUACUCUGCUGCCCAGUGAGAAAACGUUGAGUGAGGAAACUGAAAAGAAAGACAAAGAAGAAGAAGAUGUGGAAUAUGAAAUGAUAGAGGAAGUCAUUGAGGAGGAAGCUGUUAAUGGUACAGAUGGAGAGGAAAUUAUAGAGAUUGUUGAAGAAAUUGUUGAAGAGGUUGAUGAGAGGGAUGAAAAGAACAAAGGGGUGGACGGGAAAGACGAGGAAGGGUUGAAGUCGCCCGUGAACGCAGACCGGAAUGAAAAUACUAACACACAUGUAGAUUCCCCAGACGCCAACACAGAAAAAGUAGCAGAUAUCAAUACAGAUGACAAUCGGCCCCUUUCAGACAUAAAGCAGAGGAGUGACAGCGUAGCCCCAAAACAAAGCACAUCAAGAGGUGAAGAGAAGGAGGAAAUUAAAACCACCGACUCUUCGCCUCCCAAAGAGGCCACAGAGGAGCCAGAGAUAAACGGAACUAAAGAAAAGCUCCCGCAGAAAGAAGAGAGGAAAAUCAACAAAUUGAAUAUUCCAAAGCUGGCCCUCAAUAACGUAAAAAUGACAUCGAGACCCUCGGGAAAUGAGACAAACUUGGAGUCGACGCUCGACAAAAUCCGCAACAACAACCCUUCCAUCACAGAGGUCAACCUCAACAACAUCGAAAACAUUCCCAAAGACAUGCUGCUGGACUACGUCAACGCGCUGAAGAAGAACAAACACGUGAAAACCUUCAGCAUAGCCAACACCGGCGUUGACGAAAACAUAGCCUUCAACCUGGCCAACAUGUUACGAGAGAACCGCGGCAUCACCACUUUGAAUAUCGAGUCCAACUUCGUAACCGGGAAGGGCAUCGUGGCCAUCAUCCGCUGCCUCCAGUUCAACGAGACGCUCACAGAGCUGCGCUUCCACAACCAGCGGCACAUGUUGGGCCACCAUUCGGAGAUGGAGAUCUCGCGCCUGCUCAAGGCCAACCACACCCUCCUGAAGAUGGGCUACCAUUUUGAGCAGGCGGGACCCAGGAUGGUGGUCACCAACCUUUUGACCAGGAAUCUGGACCGCCAGAGGCAGCUGAGGAAGGAGGAGCAGAGGCAGCAGCAGGCCAAGGAGCAGAGGGAGAUGAUGCAGAUGUACGAGAACAGUCUGAACCUGCCUCCCGGUUUCCUGGAGAUGCUCGGCUACCUGCCGCCUCUGGAGCUUCUGCGGGAGUGUGGGCUCGUCCCGCCCUCGUCGGAACCCAGCGUGGUAGCGCCGACGCCACAGCAGGCGGCGGACCCGGAGCCCCAGAAGCAGCUCAAACACAAGAGCGCGCCCAAGCAACCCGCCGCCGAAACGGCAAACACCUUGAGGGAAGUCCAGCUGAAGAGGACGCCCAAGAAGCGUGACCCUUUUCUCGACCUGGAUCCGAGGGACAACAAGGCACCAGGGAGGGCAAGUUUCCAGCUGAGGAAGACUCCCAGAGGGAAGGAUGGAGGCAAUGGAGCGACGGAGGAAAAAGCAAAUCUGACGGACGUGAUUAAGACUUUAAAGCCCGUCCCUCGCAGGCGAUUGGCGGCCAAGGUGGACGUCACACCCCGCGACCAGCUGCUCGGUGAGAUCAAAAAGAGCAGCGUGGCCUACCUCAAAUCUGUGCCGCUCCCUAAAGUCCUGGAAUCAAGUGAAACAAGUCUCCUGUGAGGCUGCAACUUGAGCUGUUUGUCCUCCUCUUAUCAACUGUGUGCAAAAUAAAACUGAAUUAUACUUUCAUUUCAUAAUUAAAAUAUAUUGGCCGGUU